UCAUAAUGAAGCGGAAUUGAGCCAUGUUUAUGUAGCAAUGCAAUAAGGUUUAACAAAAAUAAACAUGUGUUGUUUCAUAUGUUGUGCUGUUGGUAAACACAGUAUGAAUUUAACUCAUUUAAGUUAAAUUAUACCUAAUCAUUUGCAUGCGGUAGGCAGAAAUGCCGCAUUUCACGGGAACAUUAAAGUUGAAGAUCUGUGAAGCAGAGGAUUUACGACCAACUGAAUUUGCUACAAGACAUGCAAAUGUUGUAGGAAAACAACAGCCUAUGCUAAUUGAUCCUUAUGUUGCUGUGGAUGUAGAUGAAAUACACGUAGAUCGAUCAUCCACGAAACAAAAAACAUUUAAACCGGUGUGGAAUGAAUUUUUUAGCACUGAGGUUCAUAAUGUACAAAAUUUGGGUUUAACAGUUUUCCAUGAUGCUGCAAUUCCACCUGAUGAUUUUGUAGCUAAUUGUAACAUUUCUUUCGAUGAGCUUUUGAAUUCAGCGAAAGAAUCUGGAAAACGUGAAUCUGACGUUUGGAUUGAUUUGGAGCCUGGAGGAAAAAUUCAUGUUGUAAUUGAACUUAUUCCACAAGAAAAUGCAUCUGAAAAGCCUAAAGUUUUUAAAGAAAGGCAAGGUCUUAAUAGGCGUAGAGGAGCUAUGCGACGGCGUGUUCAUCAAGUCAAUGGCCAUAAGUUUAUGGCUACCAUCCUUAGGCAACCUACUUUUUGUUCACAUUGUAGAGAAUUUAUAUGGGGACUUGGGAAACAAGGGUAUCAAUGUCAAGUAUGCACAUGUGUUGUACACAAACGCUGCCAUGAAUUUGUUGUUACAAAGUGUCCUGGCUCACGUGAUGCUACUGCUGAUGAAGUUGCUGGUGGUGGUGGUAGCAGAUUUAAUAUAAACAUCCCUCAUCGUUUCACUGUUCAUAACUAUAAAAGACCCACAUUUUGUGAUCAUUGUGGCUCUAUGUUGUAUGGAUUGUUUAGACAAGGGUUGCAAUGUGAAGCUUGCAAUAUGAAUGUCCAUAAGCGUUGUCAAAAAAAUGUUGCAAAUAAUUGUGGUAUAAAUCCAAAACAAAUGGCUGAAAUCUUGAGUGCUCUAGGUAUAUCAAGUGACAAAUUAGGAAAGCCUGCUUGCCGAAAGAAAAAGCCUUCUGUAAAUGAAUCCCCAAAUAAAUUAGGGCAGUUAAUAUCAGAAAGAUCACAUACCUCUCCUCUUCCUACAGAUCUAGACUCCCAAGGGGAGGAUUCUUCUGGGAAAUAUGGUGAUGUGAUUGGCAAGUUUCAAAGCUUUUUCCCAGGUAAUAGAGCUGGUGAAAGUGAUAAGGAUCGACCUAAACGGUUGGGUUUGGAUGAUUUUAUCUUUAUAAAAGUCUUAGGAAAAGGAAGUUUUGGAAAGGUAUUACUAGCAGAAAAGAAAGGCUCAGAUGAAGUUUAUGCUGUUAAAGUACUUAAGAAAGAUGUUAUACUACAAGAUGAUGAUGUGGAUUGUACAAUGACAGAAAAAAGAAUACUUACACUCUCUGCCAAACAUCCUUUUUUAACUGCUCUUCAUUGUUGUUAUCAAACAGAGGAUCGAUUAUUUUUUGUAAUGGAGUAUGUAAAUGGUGGUGAUCUUAUGUUUCAAAUACAAAAAGCAAGAAAGUUUGAUGAACCUCGAGCAAGGUUUUAUGCUUCUGAAGUAACUUUAGCAUUGAUGUUCCUUCAUCGUAAUGGUGUAAUAUAUCGGGAUUUGAAAUUAGACAAUAUAUUAUUGGACAGUGAAGGCCACUGCAAGAUUGCUGAUUUUGGUAUGUGUAAGGAAGGUAUCACUGAUGGAAACACAACAACUACAUUUUGCGGAACUCCAGACUAUAUUGCACCUGAAAUUCUACAAGAACUUGAAUAUGGGCCUUCAGUGGAUUGGUGGGCUCUAGGUGUACUUAUGUAUGAAAUGAUGGCCGGGCAACCGCCAUUUGAAGCUGAUAAUGAAGAUGAUUUAUUUGAAAGCAUACUCCAUGAUGAUGUUCUCUAUCCUGUCUGGCUUAGUAAAGAAGCAGUUUCUAUAUUAAAAGGAUUUAUGACUAAGAAUCCUGCUAAACGUCUAGGUUGUGUUACUUCUCAAGGAUGUGAAGACGCCAUCCUGCAUCAUGCAUUUUUUAAAGAUGUUGACUGGGAAGCCCUUGAAGCUCGAAAAGUUAAACCUCCUUUCAGACCAAAAAUCAAAACUAAGAGGGAUGUUAAUAAUUUUGAUCAAGACUUUACCAAGGAGGAGCCAGUAUUAACACCAGUCUCUUCGGAAGUAUUACGAAACAUCAAUCAAGAAGAGUUUCGAGGGUUUUCCUUUGUCAAUGAAGAUUAUAAUCCUGCCAAAUUUGUAUGUGACGGCCCUGCUACAUAG